AGACUAGACAACACGAAACACCAAACAUGAGUGGAUUCAUAGAAUCGCAGAGAGCUGCAUUAGAAGAGCUUGAUGUUAUUGAAGAGGCGAUCUCAUCAAGACUAGGACGUGAUCCUCAUUUGCUCCCACCCUCUCUUCGCCCCAAGAAGGACAUAAUAAGCAAACGAAAACCAAAGAAAACACUGACAUUGCGGCUAUCUUUAUUACAACAAUCAGAGUUGCGAUUCUUUAUUGAAAAGUACCAUAGAACUCAUUCAUCGCUUGAGUUCUGUCUUGCCAAUGAGAAACUCGUAUUACAAAAGCAAUUAGCAAACGUUACUGAAGGACCCAAACAAUUUGCCAAAUUUGACCAAAUGAUUCUGGAGAUCAGCAAUAAGGAAAGUGACCACCCUAGUGGAGCUAUUGCUGAAGAUCCAAGAAAUUUAUAUUCUUCCUUUUCCAGCAUUACCCGGGACAAGGAGUCACACUCGCAAGAUUUGAAAAUCAAGGUGGAGAAGAAUACAGGAAAGCAACGAGAGUUGACAAAGAGAAAGUUCAUUCUCAGUUCAGUCGCUUCUCAUCUUCAAGAUUCAAUCGAAAAUGAGGGAUAUUUAGAUUUGUCAGGCGUUCAUAUUCAGUAUAAUUCCCAAUUGGCCUCCACUCCAAUAUCAUAUGUGCAAUACUUGUAUACUUUCCAGAACUUGGAAGCACCAGCCAAGGGAACUCCAUAUGUUAAAUAUAUCAGAGACUUGGCCAAUCUUUUGGCAGAAUCUUUCAAGAAUUUACACCCAUUAACAGAUUUAGAUCAAUUGGAGAAUGCAUGGAAGCAAGAAUUUCAAGAAACUAACCUGACUUCCGAAGGACAGGAAAACGAAAAGGGUGAGGUAUAUUGUAAGGCGUGUGAUAAGUUGUUUUCCAAAAUGAGCGUGUACAAAGGACAUCUUGAUGGAAAGAAACACAAAAAGAAUGCAGCCAAGAGCUCGGGUGAUAGUGCAAGUGUGGAUAGUUUCGAUUCUUUAACUUGGUAUGAAUUUGCAAUAGGAAAAUUGGUAAGCGUACUCCAAACAGAUAUUGAAGCAGCUAGAGCUCAUGCAGAACGUAUUGCCAAUAGUUCGGAACGAGAACUAUUAAUGGAGCAACAAAACCUUGAAGAAAUAGAAUCAGAAUUCACUGACAUUGGGGAUUACUCUGACUUCGGAGAUAACUCGGAUGAAGAGUAUGAAGACAAUGAAACUUUCAAGAAUCUUCCUCUUGGCCCUGAUGGUGCACCUAUUCCAUUUUGGCUCUAUAAAUUACAAGGACUUAAUAAGAAAUAUGUUUGUGAGAUAUGUGGAAACAUUACUUACAAAGGGAGACAAAUAUUUCUCAAGCAUUUUAGUGGUGUUAAACAUCAAUAUGGUCUUAAAUGUCUCGGAAUUGAAGAAGGAUACAUAUCAUUUUUCAAAAAUAUAACUAAUAUUGAAGAAGCUCGGAUAUUAUGGACGAAAUUUAAACGAGAAAAACGGGAAAAACAAGGUGAAAUAGACAAUGCUAUUGAAGUAGAAGAUGAUGAGGGUAAUGUUAUGUCCGAAAAGGAUUACUUAGAUUUAAAGAAACAAGGUCUUUUAUAGAAUUUGUAUAGAAAUCAAAGAGCCUCUUACGCUAC